ACCUGCUACCUUCCAUAUCUCAUUCGCUUAAAUUAAUCUUCGUUUUGGCCUCAACCAACAAUAAUUCUAGUUUCUCUCAUUCCUUCUGUCCCUUAAUUGCGAAGCAAAUCUUUCUUCUUCCCAUGGAAAUGGAACCGACGUGCGUCGACACUUCCCUCAACCUUAACGUUAUUCCUUCCCCACACAUCGACCACCUCGCGGGAGAAGUUUUGUUUGAAGAGUUGCGGCGUCUAAGCAGUGAGAACAAGAGGCUAACUGAGACGCUGAACCACUUGUGCGAGAGCUAUGUUGCCUUGCAGAAACAUUUGAGUGAAUUCAGCCAACUUAGGAACGCAAAUUUUGAUAAAGAAGGAACUUGUGCAGUUCCGUCGCUAAAGAGAAAGCCCGAGAGUGAGAAUUGUGUGAAUCUGUUUGGUACUGAGUGCAACACCAUCACAGAGGAAGAAACAUUCAAAAGGCCCAAGCAUAGCACCGAGCCAAAGGUUUCCAAAGUUCUUACACGGACAGAUGCAUCUGAUACUGGCUUAUAUGUGAGGGACGGAUAUCAGUGGAGAAAAUACGGUCAGAAAGUCACUAGAGAUAACCCUUCUCCUAGGGCUUACUUCAAGUGUUCAUAUGCCCCUAGCUGUCCAGUAAAAAAGAAGGUGCAAAGAAGUGUAGAAGAUCCAAGUGUGUUGGUAACAACUUACGAAGGGGAGCACAACCAUGGGCAACAACAUCAAACUGCAGAAAUAUCAAUUAAUUCAUCAAGCAAAAGUGAAACACCUAGGCCUGCAGUUUCACCCUCAGCCAUGAAUAUUCGGAGUAGUGCAGCAGCAGGUCCAAUUGUAACACUUGACUUGGUCAAGUCAAAAGUUGUUGACAUUAAUGCGCAAAAGUCAUCUCUCCAGCAGUUUUUAGUUCACCAAAUGGCUACUUCUUUGACAAGAGAUCCUAAUUUCACAGCCGCACUUGCUUCUGCCAUCUCUGGAAGAAUUCUAGAUGAUACUUCUGUGGGAAAACGUUGAAUUAUUAAGAGAUAUAUAUGUAUUAAUUUCACUGAUGAACAUAUAUGAAUUUUGUCACUUUUCUUCGUUUUAAUAUUUAAUAACAGCUAGUCACGAGGAGUAGUAUUCUAUGCAGCAUCUA